AUGCUGAGCGGGCAUUCAGACCUGAUGAUUCCCACUAAAUCCUGGACCGGAAACAACAAGUCGAACACAGAUGCCAGAGAGACCUCCGUGUUAAUGGGCGACUUGAAUGAAGUCCGUGACGAGGCUGAAGAUGGAGGCGGUGAGGACAGCGAGAAGGAGGGAGACGUGUGUGAGAAUGUAGUGGAGCAGAUGGAAAAGGCAGCCAAGAACGAUGAGAUGUGUGAGGGGACACCUGCGGAUCCAACAAAGGCUUCACCUGAACCAGGAGAGCAAAAGUCCCAAGUGGAUACAAGCACGACAACCUCCACAACAGAAGAUGAGAAGGAAGCAAAGGGUGAAGAGUGA